AUUACAUGAGAAGCCCACUCCACUGUGGCAACAUUGGUAACAGUGGCACACGGUGGACCCUCAAUCCAGUGUUCUGGAGAGAUUUUCACCAUCUCAGAAGCCAAAAUAAGCUGAUGAAUAAAUCCAACCAGAUGGUGAUACAUGAUGUGUUAAUAAUAGGAAGUGGGCCUCAUGCCCUAACCCUGGCUAGCUUGCUAUCUAGCAAUGACUGGGACCCAAACUCAGACCUUAGACAUGACUCGCUGCUCUCCACCUCCACCACCAAGUCUCAGCCAAGCACAGAAACAUCCAGCAACAAGCCCAAUACUAGCAAGAUGAAGAGGAAGAAGAGGGUAACAGAUGGCCAGGCGAUGGCGCUGCAACAAGCAAUAACUUUGCAGCAAGCAAAGUCGGCCGCAUCGGAGAGGACAGUUUAUGCCCCGCUCAGUCUCAGAGUGGUGGACACCUAUGGAGAGUGGACUGCUCUGUGGGAGAGCCAGUUCACAGCUCUGAACAUCGCUCAUCUGCGCUCACACUCGCUGGUGCACACAGACCCUCUCAAUAAGAAAGCGCUGCAGGAAUUUGCUUUAAGGUGCGAGCGCUCGGCAGAGCUUCAUAGCCUCCCAGAGCAGGUUUAUAUUCUGGAUGAAAAUGCGUUCUUUAACGACAUGAGGCUCGGCAAGAAAGAGAGGAAACGUCUAAACAUCAACUCUGCGCUAAAAAAGAGUUUGUCCUUCAGUCUGCCAGGAGCCAAACUAAGUGUGGAUUUCUUCAAGGAGCAGAGAGACAGCCAGGUUCAUAAUGGAUAUAAGGACGUUUUUUUCAACAAAAAAAAGGAGCCACAUUCAGCUAUUUCAGUUAAAACACAGGUGGAGAGAUACAAGUUGGACAAAGUGCUGCUGAAGGGAACAGUGGAGCACAUCACCCCUGUGAAGGAAGACGAGACAGAGAUGAAGGACGAGAACAUGAAAGAGGAGGAGGAAAAUCAGAGCGACGUCCUUAAAGUGUCCGAUGCAAAGAGAAAUGGGGCGGGGAAGAGAGCUAAAUAUUUUCAAGUCCAACUUGAAGAUGGCACCAUCCUAAGAGCCUACCAGGUCGUCAUGGCAACAGGUCCGACCCGUGCCCAGAUGGCGAACAUCCCAUCGUGGGUGAAAAGCAUUGGUGAAAGCUACCCAGAGGAGCGUUUACUGCAUACAGUUCAUCUCAUGCAUCAUCUGCCGAAUUCCAAGCAAAAACCUCGAGAAACAAAUUGUGUGAGAGACAAAGAUACUUUCGCUCCUCAAGUCUGUGAGGCCGGCCAGAGAGUAAUGGUCAUUGGUGGAGGUCUGACCAGCGCUCACGUCAUCUCAAUUGCACUGCAGCAAGGUGCCAGCCAUGUGACAUGGGUUAUGAGAAAACACCUCCAGCUGAAACAGUUUGACGUGGGUGACGUUGAGAGUUUGGUGGGUCGUUACUCUCACGUGGAGCACGGCAUCAAGAUGGAUGGCCAAGCCUACCUACGGCAGUUCUACAAUGAGAGGAGUCUCCACAAACGCCUGGCAAUGAUUCAUCAGGCAAGGAAGGGAGGGGCCGUCACCCCGGAGGCCUACAUCCAACUGCAGCCUUUCAUAGUGAACGGACAGGUGGAUGUGAAGACGUACUGUCAGGUGAGUGAAGCCAGCUGGUGCUACAGAAACCAGGUCUGGAGCCUUUCCCUCAGCACCGGGGAGCACUGGACUGGAGAUAAGAUUUGGAUUGCCACCGGCUGCAAACUUGAUGUGAAACAGGACCCAUUACUUUCUGAAGUGAUGAAGGAAUUCCCAAUUCAGGUGAUAGACGGAUGGCCGUGCAUAAUGGAAAGCUUACAGUGGACAGAAGAAUGCCCGCUCUACCUGAUGGGGCAGUACGCAGCUCUUCAGGUUGGACCUCAUGCAGUAAACCUCGCUGGAGGGCAGGCUGCCAGCAUGAGGAUUGCCAAGGACAUUAUAGGCCGUCAUCAGCAGAAGGGUGGGCAGGCUCUUGAACUAAGUGGACACAAACCAAAAACUGAAGAAUACAUUCAACAGAUGCGAGGUCUGUUGUGGCUGUAAAAUGACCAUUUAGCCUAAAAAAGUCAAAAAUAGCUGUCAGUCAUCUCUUCCUGGUUAUCCUGGUCAAAGUGUACUUAGAGAAUAAUCAAUGUGGACGACUGAAUAUAUGAUCAAGUGACUAUUUGGGAACUUCAACAAAUGUUGUUUUAAUAAAACUUUAAUUUUUAUGGGUCAAACAGUAUUUUAUUUAUGGGCCGUCAGACAUACAGUCCCAAUCAAAAGUUUAAGCCCACUAGAAAAAUGGCAAAAAAUCCAAUUUUGCAUGGUUGGACCUUAACAAGGUUCCAAGCAGAGCUUCAACAUGCAACAAGAAGAAAUGGGAGUUAGACAAAACAUUUUUUGAGCAUGCACUUUAUUGAAAACAACAAACAGGCUGUUUUACAGCUGAUCAAGAGUUUAGGACCACAUGCCUUUAAAAAGCCAAAUCUGUGCAAAAAUGUAGAUUUAUUGUCAUUUUCUGUCAGGUAGUCACACUGUGAUGACGUUCUGAUGGCAAAGGCAAAAACACGUUUCCUUUUUGAACGUCGUGGGGUUGUUGAACUGCAUAAACGGGGUCUCUCGCAGCACGCCAUCACUACUGAGAUGGGACGCAGUAAGAUAGUCAUUUGGAAUUUCUUAAAUGAUCCUGAGGAUCAUGGAACAAAAUGUCAAGUGGAAGACCUAAAAAAUUUCACCAGCACUGAGUGAAAAAAUUGUUGUUUGUUUAAUAAAUAAUUUUGAUCAACAAACUUUCUAUGUUUAAAGAUGCCCCAUGGCGUGGUCUUUCUUUACUUGUGACUUCUUGAUGUUGGUAAAUACAAUAAGUGAAAAAUAUAUAAUAUACUUAAUAAUGUACAACACAUUAUGCUUCUGCUCUGAGGUCCUGCCUCCAUGUACUUAUGCAAUUAAUCACAGGACAGCUGGACAGGUGUGUUUAUAAAUAAUAUUAAAUUAGGCCAAUUUUCUUAUCCAUAUUUUUGACCUGAGGGUAGAAUUGAUUGUGAACCGGAAAAGGAAAAUGCUUAUGAACUUUCAAAUUAAAAACGU